CAAUCAGCAUCGACGACGACAUGGCUGCGUCCGCCUCUGCCUCGGCGUAGAAUUCCUCAGCUUUCCUCUCGUCCCUUCGGCCUCUCGCGCGGUGGCGCCGUGAAGGAGGAGGAGGAGGAGCACGAGGAGGAGGCGACGGCGGCGGUUGGUGGCGGCGGCGGUUGGCGGCGGCGGCGGCGGCGGUCGGGCCCCGCGUCUUGUCUCGGGUGGGGAGUUGGAUCUCAUCUGAACUCCACUUCGCCAGUGACGCCUCCUUCGGGGCCUUUUCUUCCCACCGCGCCUCGCCGUCGAUUCCGCGCUCGCGGUCGUGGGCUCGCGAGAGGCCGUCGUUGAUCUUAUCAUGUAUCGUCUCGGAGGAGAGUCUCAGUAAACGUGCAUAAUUGCUGAUGUCCUCUGAUGAGAAGGACGAGUUGCUGAUCUCUGUAGCAGAUAAUAUGCAAAUCCUCUUGCCUGAAAGAAGAUUAGAAGCACCUUAAGUUGUCAAAAGACGACUCGUAGCUUUUUUGAUUGAGUGGAAAGGUGAAAGACGGAACUUUUCCUUCGAUAGGUUACUGCUGUCCUCUAUUCAGUUAAUUCAGCAGUUUUAGAACCAUGAACGGACACAGCAUAACGUUACCUCAAAGUGGGUCUACGAAGGGGAUGAAAAAUUCCCACUACACUGGGAUGUCCCUGGAUCAUAGAUUUCUGAAUGCUGAAUCUGAAGGAAUUUCCAAGGCCAGUGGAUGGUCAUCUUCAUCCCCAUCCCCAUUAAUCCGGGUGGAACCACUCAAUUUGAAUCUUUCGCGAGAAUCUACCUUUCCAUCUCACAAAACCUGUUCAGAAUCAAGCCCAAGUAGUCCACUCUCUCUGGCUUCUCAUGUCCAAACUCCAAAGAGCACAUAUUCACGAUCUUCAGUGUUCUGUACUAGCUUAUACCAGUCAUCUUCUUCAACUUCUGAAGCCCACAAGCACCUGCGGAGUCUGCCAUUUCUUCCGCAUCCUCCAGCAUACAACCAAUCUGUUUCUGCUAUUGACUCAAAAUCUUCGUCUCUCUUCAGUGAGGACAUCAGUAAUUUGGAUGAUGAAAAACAUACAGAGUCUCUCAUGACGGACUUCUUGGGUUUUCCUGGAGAUACUUCUGAUGGUAGCUUCAAUGGCAUGGACUGUGCAAGUGACAACUUAAUGCUGACAGACCAAUUAGAGCUACAGUAUUUGUCUGAUGAGCUUGAUCUAGCUAUAACUGAUAAUGCAGACACUCCAAAUCUCGAUGAUAUCUAUGAAGCACAUCUACCACCGUCAAAGCAAGAAACGGAAUUGGUUUGCCAACAAAAGUGUCAUUCCCCAUUGCCGGCCAUUGAUUCUGUUUCUAGUCAGCCAUCUUCUGGACCUGCCGCAGCACACAAGCCAAGAAUGAGAUGGACGCCAGAACUUCAUGUGCGUUUUGUGGAUGCUGUCAAUAAGCUUGAUGGGGCUGAAAAGGCUACCCCUAAGGGAGUAUUGAAGCUUAUGAAUGUUGAAGGUUUGACGAUCUACCAUGUAAAAAGUCAUUUGCAGAAAUACCGUUUAGCCAAGUAUAUGCCAGAGAAAAAAGAAGAGAAAAAAGGUGGCAGCUCUGAGGAAAAGAAAGCUAUGUCUUAUGGCAAUGAAAGUGAUGGAAGAAGGAAAGGGAGCACACAGAUUACAGAGGCCUUGCGCAUGCAGAUGGAAGUUCAGAAACAGUUGCACGAACAACUUGAGGUGCAAAGAGAACUUCAGCUACGCAUAGAAGAACACGCGAGAUACUUGCAAAAGAUUCUGGAGGAACAGCAGAAAGCUGGUGUUGUCCUGACAUGCCCUCAAAAGAUGUCUUCGUCAGAGGAUGCAUGCCCAGAAAGUGAGCUGCGGCCAUCUUCUCCAACUGUCGCUGCUUCACUGCCUUGGCCAGCUGAAUCCAAAUACAAUCCCAGAGUCCUAUCACUUAAGAACAAGGCUAGUGAAAGCAGCGGCACCGAAUCACACGAGUGCCAGCAGAAGAGGAUUCGGAUAGAAGAAAAGGCUGAAUCCACUUCAGUCUCCGAUGAAGCUGUUGUUGACACUCAAAGUGAGGUGACUCAAGUUCAAAGUUGCUAGUCCACUCAUUUGUUAGAGGCCUGUAAAUUUUAUUGAUUUCUUGUAGACAAGUUGUCUAAUGAAUUUGCUUGAAUGGACACUGCUUAUUCUUCAGCAAUUUAGACGGUUAAAAUAUACAUUUUGAAAAUGUAUUGCUGCCAAACUCUUUUCGUGAGUCUUUCUUUGUACAUAUACCAAGCAGUGAAUGGUUUGAUCGAAUC